CGGUUCUGUGGCUGAUGAUGCAGCAGCGCUACAGGGUGGGCACGGUCCAGCAGGACAUGCUGACGAACCUGCGCAACGUCACGAUUCCCACGGGGGUCUACGGCUCGUUGUGGCGCAAGCUGCGGGGGGUGGAUGUGUCGGCCGCGGAGUGCUUCCGGCGUUUGUCGCUGGCGCCCACCGAUCGGAUCCAACUUUGGCAGCUGAACUGCCGUCCCGCGUCGAUGACGGCUCUCGCUACUCAGAGGAAGAAUUUUGAGUUAGAGGACAAGCGGAAGUUUAUUUGCACCUGCCUCGACAAGAAGAUCCCUGUCACGCUAGUGAUGGACCAGCCG